AUGGAUCCGACUACCAAGGAGACUAUCUCCUUCGAGGAGAUGGAGGUUCACGAGAAGGCCGCCUUUGACGAUAUCAUUCGCCCAAAGGACUGCUAUGCCCCCGAUGGUACCUACUGGGCUGACCUGCCUUUGAGCCAGCGUAUCAGCUUCUGCUUGGAGCAGGACCGCACCGAGGCGAGCAAGGAGUUUUCUUGGCUCUGGACUGAGUUCAAGAAGGACCCUCUGUCCCCAGUUACCCACUACUUCAAAAACUUUGUUCUUCCUGGUGCUGGUCUGGGUCUUGAAGGUUACGUGCUGUUCUCCAUCAGUAACAACACUGCUCUUUUCGAUGCCUCCUUCGAGUCCUGCUGGAAGGGCAAGACCUGCGACAAGAACUGGAUUGCUGCCAUCAACUACAUGGAGGUUAUCGGUAUUAUCGUUGGCCAGAUCCUGGUCGGUUACUUGGGUGAUUCUAUCGGUCGUCGCUGGGGUCUGAUUCAAGAUGCUGCUAUCAUGUUCGUCGGUCUCCUCAUGCUCGUGGCCGCUUGGGGUCUCACUGAGAACGGCUGGGUUAUCUGCUACGCCUGGUCUCUCUUCUUCUACUCCAUCGGUGUCGGUGGUGAAUACCCCAUGACUGCUACCAUUGGUAUGGAGAAUGGCUACGGUUCUGGCAAGAUCGUUACUUCCCAGGAUCGUCUGCACCGUGGUCGCUCCGUCGUCGGUGCCUUCAUGAUGCAGGGUUGGGGUCAGUUCGCCAACCAGGCCAUCCUUAUUCUCCUGCUGCUGAUCUUCCACCACGGCACCGGCGCCCUCCCUAUUUCGGCUACCGCUACCCAGUGGACUUACCGUGUGUCUUUCGCUAUUCCUGCCGUCGGAACUGCUUGGCUCGUCUACUACCGUACCUACCACAUGAAGGCUGCUAGCAAGCAGCUCGAGGCUACCAAGAAGAAGGCCUCCGUCACCGGUUAUGACACCGAGUCUCUGAAGCUCACUUUCCGUCACUUCACCCCUCGUGUUAUUGCUACCGCUGGUGGCUGGUUCGCCAACGACGUCUUCUUCUACGGUAACAAGCUCUUCCAGAGCAAGUUCAUCAAGGUCAUCAGCCCUAACAGUGGCAACAAUGUCACCACCAACUGGCUAUGGAACUUGGCCAACAUCGGUGUCAGUUUGGCUGGUUACUACUGCGCUACCUGGUUCGUCGACACCAAGCUCUACGGACGUAAGUGGAUGCAGAUUGUCGGUUUCCUGAUGUGCUUUAUCCUCUUCGUCAUCCCCGCCUUCAAGUUCGACUACUACCAGGAGCCCGCCCACAUCCACUCCUUCCAGGCGAUGUACUACCUGAGUUCGUUCUUCAACCAGUUCGGCCCCAACUGCAUUACUUUCCUCGUCGCCGCCGAGGUCUUCCCCACCCCCAUCCGUGGCACCGCUCACGGUAUCUCCGCCGCCGCCGGUAAGGUCGGUGCCCUGAUCAUCGCCGUCAUCGGCUCCUACACCACCACCCAGCAGCAAUUCUACAUCGUGCCCUGGUUCGGUCUCGCCGGUGUCCUGGUGACCUGGCUGUUCCUUCCGGACACCACCGGCCUGGAUCUCCGCGAGCAGGAGCGUCGCUGGCGCUUCAUCCGCGAGGGCCGUGAGCAGGACUACCACGGUCCUGCCGUGCACUCCAAGCACUUGUCUGUCUGGGAGCGCUGGACCGGCAAGGGCAAGCACUACAAUGCCGAGCUGGACUACAAGAUGAAGGUUGAGGAGUUCCGCGCUGAGUGGGAGGCUGCUAUUGCUUCCCGCGGUGAGGAGAAGACUCUCUUUGACAUGGAUGAUGUUGAUGAGAACAUCCUGCACGGCUCGAUGCAUGCCUACUUUGAGCGUACUAGCCCGGAGAUCCGUGGUAUGCGCAAGGAGGUCCAGCCCAUUUCUCUGCCUGCUGCUGCUUCUUCUGAGGACCAGAAGACUCUUGGUGAGCAGUAG